AUCUUGUCGGCUGGGCCGAUAAUUUUAAGUUGAUAUCAUGAAAUCCUUCAGCCAGGUUCACUUGAAGGAUUGUUAUGAUUUAUCCAAUGUUUGAAACAAGAAUUAACUUCUUCAAAUCCUUUCAUUUUAGAAUUUCCUUAGUAAGCAUGAAUAGAAUAUGCACUCAGAUUUGGUCACCUAUUCCAACAUCUACGUUACGACAAGUUUAUUAACAAUGUAAUCCAUCAGUAAAAACUUCGAAAUUUGAGUGCAUUCCUCAUCUUUAUUGAUAAAUUUUACGGCCUAAAUGUUUUAAUCUUAAACCUGCUCAAGUGAUGCUGCAUUCCUUCUUUAUUGUAGAAACGAGUAAAUGAGUCCAAUAUAUUCCUUUCGGUCAGCGAGACGAAAUUUGCUGUUGGAAAUCAAUUAAUAAGCAAAGAUAAAAUACCUUCCAGGAACGCUUCCUACCAUCGAUCCCUUAUGAUACGGAGGUUCAUAUGAUCCUAGCGCACGGUGAUCCUCCUUUCUCUUCUCGUGGUAUGUUGUCUACUUCUGGGAUAAAUGAUGGAACAUUUGAGUUUAAAGAGAAUGUAUGGUUUCAAGUUCAAAAAAAAUUGAACAUUUAAGAAGCAGGUGAAAGGACUCUCACUUUUUUUUGGUCGUAGCGAUCCUUGCUAUCAUUCUUGGAUAAUUCAAUUGAACUGCACGAAAUUAUAUCUUUUGCUGACUAUUGAUAGAGGAAAAAAUAAGCUAUGCAAUUUUUAGCCCCGUUCUCUUUCAAGAACUUACAACCAGCUCAUAUAGGUUAUUGCAGAUUGCGUUAAUCUUACUCAAACUUUAACAGCUUAAACCGAUCUUCGUUUCGGUCAUUCUUUAUGGUAUUCAUGUCUUACAUUAAAAUUCUAGUUCAUUGAACGCUACAUUCCUCAUGCAAGAAACUCGCAGCAGUGAAGGUCAAUUACCUUCAACAUCUUCAACAGUAGGUGUAUAUGAAAAUACCAUGUCAAAUCACAUAAGCCUUAGUCCUAACUCUGAUUCCCCUGUUCAGUCUAAAUUGACUCAACGUCAAAGGCCCGCUGCUAGGAGAGCACUGAGAGCGUGCACGAGGUGCCAUGUACGAAGAACCAAGUGCGAUGCUAGAAGACCAAGUUGCAGUAGUUGUUUGAAAGCUGGUAGGAACUGUAUCAUGCCUGACGGAUUUUUAAUGACUGAACAAGAAACCUAUAGCUUGGUCUGCAGAGUUCAAUGGUUGGAAAGUGUUUUAUCGGAGGCUGGUAUUAACGCUUCUGCUAUACCUACAGGUGCUACAGUUACUAUUCCGACUCUUCCUUCAUCGCCUACAAACUCUGAGUGUGAUGAAUCCGAGCUAAUAUCACCAUAUCUUCAAGAAAAAAAUCUUACAAACUACAUGCAUGAACUAAUAUUAGAUUUUCCUAUACCAAAUUCUAUCGAUCUACAGACUGCGCAUUCUCAUGAGAACAGCCUUGAGAAGAAUCAUUACGUUGGGCAGAGUUCAGCAAAGAUAAUUGCUAACUGCCUUUCAAAAGAAGUCGAAGGAAAUUGCUUUGCCAUAGAGUAUUCCUCAAAUCAAAAGGAAAGCCCUUUUACUACUAAAUCAAGAGAGAUACCUUUAAGCGAAUCUUUAUACAUGCUUCCUAAUCGUGAUUCUGCUUAUGCAAUGUUGACAGCUGUAAUCCACCACUUUAUAUCAUUUCCAAUUAUUAAUUUGAAAAAUUUUUCAGAUUUAUUUAUCACCAUUUACGAUAAUGGACCUUCAAGUAAUACUUAUCAACAAUACGAAGCAAAUAUGUGUUUCGCGAUCGGAUCUUCUCUUAUGGGUAGGGAUUGCUCUGAUUAUUUUUGGAAGGCUAUCCAUUUCCUUUCAAAAUCAAAGCAUCUCUACAGUUUUGAGCAUUUGAGGGAGUUACUCUACUUGGGGUUAUUUUCCAUGCUUGAGUCAGUCCCGGGAUUGGAAUCUUAUGGCAUCAUUCGAAAAAUUGGAACCAUUGCUAUUGCUCUAGGUCUUCAUCGAGAAUCUACUUAUACAACGUGUGGAAUUCCUAGUAGUCUUAAAGAAUUGAUGAGACGAUGUUUCUGGUCUUUCUAUGCUUUAGAUCGAAUAAUAGCAUCAAGUCUUGGAAGACCUGUUAGUAUUAGUGAUUCCAGCAUCGAUGUAAAGAUGUUCUCUUCUACUACUGAUGUAAAAGAAAGUCUAUCUUUUGCUGACUUGAAUGCAACAGGAUGGAAUCUUGAGUUAAGCGUUCAUAUUAUUAAUUUAAGACGGUUUACUUCCGAUGUUCUGAAUGAAUUGUAUCAGGCACAUGAUAAUAACGAAGAGGGUGUCCAGCAACGUUUGCAUUCAAGGUUAGACGAAUGGAAAUGUGAGCUAAGACAGUAUACUGACUCUUCAUUUGGAAGCACGAGGGCAUAUUUAGAACUGGAGUAUCUGGAAACUCUUAUGCUUAUAUAUCGCUCAAAAAUUGAGCUGAAUAAUACAGAUGUCUCAGCAUGUAUUAUUUGCUUGAAUUCUGCAUCUUCUUGGAUUAAGAAUGCCAGUAUUAUUCGUCAACGUGGUAUCCCACAAUUAAAGCCUAUUAUAAAAGGUAGUAUAGUCGCAGUGUUUACUCUUAUUUGGGCGUAUCUCACUUGCGGUAAAAAAGGGUUAUUUAUUUUCUCACAGUCUGCAGUGGUAGCUGACAUUAGUUUAUGCUGGAGAUCUUUGAAAGCAGCUGAACAAAGUAAUCGAAAAAGUAUUGCUGGAGUUAUAGCGAUUUUAGAGAGGCUUCAGAGCUGGGUAAGCGGAGACAAGAAUUCUCAAAAUCAUUCAGAGAUUGACAUGAUGACUUUUGAGGAGUUUGACAUUGGUGCUCACAUAAAUUUAUGGUUGAAAGAUAUAUGAAGGUCCUUAGAGUUGACUUGCGGAUUAUAUAAAAUGGUAUUCAUAUUUUCAUGAUGAAUAGACAACAAAUAACAAAAAAUUGAGAAGCAGAGCUUUUAAUGAUACUUGUUUACUACAUAAGUAAGUUAUAUCUAGCAAGAAACCUUUAUAUGGAACGUCAAUUUUGUUAUUAGCUUAUUGUAUUGGUUCAUUGUACCACAGUACCACAUAAGCGCGACACUAUCUAAAUAUGAGAACUCUUGCCUAAUUCGUUCAAAAUCUUGGCAGCCUAGUUAGUAUAUACAUG